AUGGCCAAAGAUAGUGAAUCCACCGAGUCUGAUAUAUCGAUUGAAUCCGAUCCGUCCGAAUAUCUAGAAAGUACGGAAGAUGCUAAUAAUCAUGAUGGUCCGUUAUCUAGUGAAGAGGCAAACCAUGUUGAGUGGAUGAUCACCGAGGAUGGCGAGUUAUUCGCGGUGCCAACCGAGAAUGCGAUCGAACAACAAACGAAUGACAGUCUGAACAAUAUGUUGUCACAAUUCUAUGUGCCAUCGACGGACAAGGAGGGAAGUUUCGGUGGUCCGAAUCUGGGGACCAUUGGGGGGCACGGGUUAGAACUGGAAGAAGCGGAUGGUGCAUUUGGAGCAAUGAAUGAGUAUGGAGCCGACGAUGAGUAUGAUAUGUUAAUGCUCAUGGGAAAUAACGUAGAAGAUGAGAAUGGAGCCAUAGAGAAUGAGAUAGAGAAUGAGCUAGAGCACGUGAGUCUGAGUGUCAUCAACAUCUCAUUGGACAGUUCACAUGCUAUCCUGAUGAUACCGAAUUCAAGCAAGGCAGAUUCAUGCUGGGAGGAUGAAAUGUUUAAGGGAGAUGAACCUAGUGAAGAUGAAGAAAAUGGAAGGUGGGAUAAGAUGCUACUUGAACAGGAACUAAACCACGAGUCUUUGAUGAAUCAUCUAAGACUUGAUGAAGAAAGGUCAAAAGGAAAGUUGGUUGACAAGGCGGGAGAAAACGAGAAGUGGAAGGGAAAGAGAGCAGUGGAAAUGAACAUGGAAUCGGAGAAGGCUAAAGACCAACGGAUCGUUGGAGUAAACCUGCAUCCAGUUGGGAUCGGAUAUGGGAUUAACUCCAAGGUUAAGCCUGGAAUACAGGCAACGGCGAGGAAGUCAGUUGGGAAGAAGUUAGCCACUCCAGCUAAGCGUCCGUGUGAGAUAUGCAGCCAUACCGAUCAUCCGACCGAAGAGUGCUUGUAUCCACCACAGACUAUCCCUUACACGGAUGAUUAUGCCAAGUGCUAUUAUUGCGAAGGAAUGGGACAUAUGUCAAUGUACUGCCUGUACAUUGCGCCGAAUGCGGGCGAAGGAUCUUUGAGAGGAGUCGGGCCAUUAAUGACUACGACGACUGAGGAGAAAUGUUUGAAUGAAUAG